AUGAAGUCCUUUAUCUACAUUCUCACUGCCCUUCUUCCUCUUGCCUCCCAGGUGGCAAUGGCUAACCCAGUCCCCUCUGACGAAUUCCUGGAGGAGAGAGAUGGAAACCGCGGGGAUAAGGACCGCGGGGAUAAGGAUCGCUGGGAUAAACACGACCGCCCCGAGGAUAAGUGCAAAGUGCAGAAGCCUUACUGGUACCACAAGUAUCCUUGCGAUUCCAGCGAGACGGUUGGUCAAUCUAGAGUGGGCGAUACUUUUGCACCUGUCUGCAAAUACCAAAACUGGUACAAGAACCCGAAGGGUUGGUGGGUUAAGGAGGACUUUAAGCCCUGGCGCUGUGAGGUCCAUGUGCCGAACUGCCCCUAA